GGAGAUUAGCUGUUUCGGCUGUCGUAGGUAAAAAUAUAUUUGAAACACAUUUUUUUCUAUAUUUAUGUCUUAUGUCCGGUUAUGUCGAUAAACGUCUUUCGAGUUGCUACGCGGGUGCUAGGAGGAAGCAAAUUUAUUGCCAGUAAUAGUAAUUUUGUACCGUCCUUUUGUAAGUACUCAAAUUCCACCAUGGCCAAAAAAGCUCUAGUUUUUCUGGGACCUGGAGCUGAGGAAAUGGAGUUUGUCAUCUCGGUAGAUGUACUAAGAAGAGGAGGAAUGGAUGUAACAAUUGCUGGCUUACCUGACAACAAACUAGUUAAGGGUGCCCAUGACAUUGAGAUCAAACCUGACAUAGGUGUUUCUGAUGCCUCUUCAAAAGGUCCAUUUGAUGUUCUAGUCUUACCUGGUGGCCUUGGUGGCUCUCAAGCCAUGGCUUCAUCCAGUGUAGUUGGUCAGUUAUUAAAAGACCAAGAAAAAGCUGGUAGAUGGAUUGCGGCCAUCUGUGCAGCUCCCACGGCACUUAAGGCUCAUGGCAUCGCCGACGGUAAGAACGUAACUUGCUAUCCAGCGAUGAGAGGACAAAUGGAAGAAGGAGGAAAAUACAAAUACAAGGAAGAGAAAGUGGUGGUGGACAGUAACAUUAUCACCUCCAUGGGUCCAGGCACAGCUUUUGAUUUCGGUCUCGCUAUCGUUAACAACGUGGUCGGCAAAGAUAAGGCCGCCGAGGUUGCCAAGGCCAUGCUUUUGCCUUAUUAAUUUAGUUCGAGUUGAUUUGUUUGGAUCUGGGUUGUUUAUGUAUAUUUUCAUUAUUUAGGCCUUGGUAGAAAAGCCAUGAAAAAUAAUUGUAAGGGUGAAUAAAGUAAACAUUUUGAAUAG